AUGCUUAUUCCGUCACUGCCAUCCCUGCCUAUUGUCGACAUCAGUGCCUUUGUAUCUGGUAAAGGCACUUUUGAGGAAAAGACUGUAACUGCCAAGGCCAUUGACAGUGCUUGCCGAGAGUUUGGAUUUUUCUAUCUAAUUGGCCAUGGUUUGAGUGAGCAUGAAGUCAGCGAAAUCCGUACUCUUUCAUGCGAUUUUUUCGCUUUGCCUCUUGAAGAAAAGGAAGAGAUCUCUAUUGAAAAGACUGACUUGGCCCGUGGAUACCAGCGAAUAGGCCAAAACAUUACCAAGUAUGCCAAAGAUUGGCAUGAGGGUAUCGAUCUAUAUGCGCCAGUUGGUCCGGAGCAUAUAAUCAAAAAAAGAGGACUCCAGACUUUGUCAGGAACCAAUCCAAUUCCAGCUCGUCCAGCUAAUUUUCAAGAUGUUGUGGAUCGUUAUGUUGAAAAAAUGCAAGCAUUGGGCAUGGCUACUAUGCAAGCCAUGGCAAUGGGACUUGGACUUCCUGAGCACUGUUUUGAUUCAAGCAUGGACAAUUCAUUCUGGGUGAUGCGCAUGAUUGGAUAUCCACCUCUGAUGAAAGAAGAUGCUGAUGUGGGGAUCAGCUGUGGUGAGCAUACUGAUUAUGGGUGCUUGACCAUUCUGAACACAGAUGAGACCACUGGUGCAUUGCAAGUCAAGUCCAAAUCUGGUGAAUGGAUCAAUGCUGAUCCGAUUCCAGGAGCAUUUGUGAUCAACAUUGGUGACAUGGUCAAUGUCUGGACAAACGAGCUAUACACAUCUACAUUACAUAGAGUGAUACAUACCAAAGACAGUUUCCGUAUAUCAGUACCAUUCUUUUUUGAACCCAACUUUGAUGCAAUAAUAGCUCCACUACCAGAGUGUGUUAAGAUGUCAGGAAAACCAGCACUGUUUCAACCACUGUUAUAUGGAGAUCAUCUACUGGGAAAAGUGAAUUCCAACUUUGAUGUGAGCACUGGGAAAUAAGCAGUAUGUUGGUUUGAGUAGUCACCACAGUAGGACUGAACAACUUGCAGCCGUACUCACGUAAAAUGGAACAAAAAGGUUGUUAAUGUACAAUAAACAACCCAUCUCAAACC